AUGCUGCUUGUUCACCAAGCCGGCAGCGUCAAGGUGGGAGAAGUGGUGCGCUUCACCUUGACCUACACGCCCAGCAAUGAUCGCAUAUUGCCCAGCCCUACCCAUCUGCACCUCAAGAUCAAGAACACCUCGGCCAUCCCGCUGCGUGCCGCAUACCUCCACGGUCCGUACAACCUGCAUGUCGCCUCGUAUCCUGCCUCUUUCAACCCAAAUCACAAAGUCGAUGACCCACAAAAGGAGGGCGUGCCGGAUUUUGAACCACUGCUCAAAGCGGGUUCGAGCUGGACAACAAAGUUGACUGUUCCCGAGAACAUCCGAGAGACAGGCAACACUUUCGCAUUAGGUCGUCAGAAUCGCGCUUCUCAAGAUGCCUACCGAGACGACAAGAAAGGCCCACCGAGUGCCACAUGGAUAAUCGAGAUUGCUUCCCAGAUACUGUUUUCCAGCACGGCCGCUGUCCACUUUGAGCUAUUGGUCGGUCGGGAUGAGAGAAGCUUGGAUCUUGGCUUUGCAGCCGUCGCUGGCCAUGGUCACGGAACCCCUGGUCAACUUCAUGACCAUCAGAAGGACAAACGUAGGGACAGUGUUGGCCAACAAAAGGGUCUCUAUUCGCGCGCCGUCAAACUCGUCGUUGAGGACACCCAGGCGCUCUGGGACAAGCCUGCUCUCCCAACCAACAAUACUCAGAAACAUGCUCGAUCUUCGAAAGAGUCGCUACGCAAGUCAAAGGACUCGCGAACUACCGUUGAGGAAACGAAAGAGGAACCUCCCAAGAAGAAAAAGAAGAUACAUCUUGUCGUUCUCACCCAUGGCCUCCACAGCAACAUUGGUGCCGACAUGCUUUACAUGAAAGAGAGUAUAGACGCUACAGUCAGGCAGGCGAGAAUUGAUGCAAGGAACAGGAAGGCUGCAUACAAGAAAUCGCAGAGCAAGUCUGACGGCUCAUCGGAACAGCCGGACCCUUCGACUGACGACAAGCCGAAUGAAGAAGCCACGACUGCACCUCUGUCAGGAGGUCAGGAAGAUCUUGAAGACGAUGGUGAUGACGAUGAAGAACAAGUCAUUGUGCGUGGCUUCAACGGCAAUGCCAUCAAAACCGAAAAGGGCAUUCAAUACCUCGGAAAGCGUCUGGCGAAGUUCGUAUUGAACUUUACCUAUCCUGAUCAACCUUUCCAACCGGUCAAAAAGUCCAUGACGCGAUCUUUUACAGAUCAGUUCAAAUCUCAGGCCACUAAGACUGCCAGAGACGGCGAGCCUGCACAUCAAGGGAGUAGCAUUCACCACGACGACAGCAAAGCUGAAGAGCUUCCCUACACCUUUACCAGUAUCAGCUUCAUCGGGCAUAGUCUCGGUGGUCUCAUCCAGACAUACGCAGUGGCUUACAUCCAGAAGCAUGCACCGCAGUUCUUCGAACAGAUCCAGCCAAUCAACUUCAUCUGUAUGGCUUCUCCUAUGCUCGGCUUGAGUAACGAGAAUCCAAUGUAUGUCAAGUUCGCUUUGGAUUUCGGCCUUGUCGGACGCACGGGACAGGAUCUUGGAUUGACAUGGCGUGCCCCUAACAUCGCGAAGAGUGGUUGGAACGCCAUGAUGGGAGGAUUUGGAGCUGGCACGAAAGAGGAGCACCAAGAGGACCCAGGAGCAAAGCCCCUUUUGCGCAUCCUCCCCACUGGCCCUGCGCACACAGUCCUGCGCAUGUUCCGUAACAGAACUGUGUAUUCAAACGUCGUCAACGAUGGCAUCGUACCGCUGCGGACUAGUUGUCUGCUGUUCCUCGAUUGGGGUGGUCUUGGUAAAGUAGACAAGGCUCGCCGCGAGAAUGGUCUGAUAGGUACAUUGGCCGAAUUCGGCUGGGCUGAGCUUACCGGCGCCAACGCACUGCCUAAGGCACUUAGAAACAACGGCGUGGGGAGUGUUGCAGGUACCGAAGACGAAGGAUCUGGAGCCGACACUCCAGCAGGAAAACAGGGCAAUGAUGUUCCACAACCACCGACGGAGGCAACAACCGACGACAACAGAGACUCGACAACAUCUGUCACUGAGCCGUCCACAAGCCAGUUCUUGAGAACUCAAAACCACGGGAGUGGUGAAUCUUCGACCGGCUCAGCAAACCAGAGCGGAGGACUUUUGAACGGUCUCUUCAGUUUCUUCCGUCCUGGAGGCACGCCCGAGCGUCAGUCUCCAAAAACAAUGAAGGCCGUCCGUCGUGGUCAGACUGUUGACGUAAAAGCGAACGAUGAGUCUGGUGAAGAGGUCCAUACAAGAGCCCGCCGGAACAGUAGAGGCACGACCGACAACCCGACUAUGAGGCCAAGCAAGCGCCCAGUAGCAACUCGUGGAGGGUCGAUGAACUCGAAUCCAGACGCUCUAGCGCCUCCGAGCACAUCCAUCUUUGAGGCAGCCAGCGACAUCCUUCAUCCUCCCAUUCCGUCGACCACUUGGCUUAUCGACCCGGCAUCUCGAGAGCGCACCAUCUUCCAUGACAGGAUCUACCACCCCGAGGACAUUCCGCCGCCUCCAAUCAAGCGUCCCAGUAGAAUAGGGCGUUCGUUCUCUUCAGACUCGGCAACGUUCAGAACAUCUCACUCUUCUCGCGAUGAUGCGGCCCCAAUUGAUAUGGGAAACAUGAAAGUGGAAGAGAAGAUUGCACGAGCAUACCACAAAGACUUGUCCUGGCGAAAGGUCUUGGUUCGCCUUGAACCCGAUGCACACAACAACAUGAUUGUGCGAAGAAUGUUCGCCAAUGCGUAUGGCUGGCCUGUGGUCAAGCAUCUUUGCGAUACGCACUUCGGAGACACAUUCACUGCGACGACCAGAGAUGAAGACGAACCAGCUGUCGAUCGUGCCAAAGAGUACUCCGAAGCUGAUCACGAGGCGGGCGAGGAGGUCAAGGGUCAAAACGCGCGAAAGCCUCUUCAAAGAAGUGCGUCAGACAUGCGCGAAGAUCGAGAUGAGUUGAAGCCACUGCAAGAAAGUGCCGGUGGUGCGAUCAAGCAUAAGCUCAAUCCGCAAGGUUCUGCUGUUUGGGAUGACAUUUACUUCGAGGGCAGUGAUGACGAUGAGGAUGAAGAAGAGAGUUAUGCAACCAAAGUACAGCGAUUCCUCCACCUCAAUCAAGGCGAGAGUGAAGGUACGACUUGGGUAGGUGGUGGCGGCGCCCCGAAAAAGCAAAACACCGACAACACCAUACGUCCUGCUAAACGCCAAUCUACUGAGGUGCAUCGUGGCCUGGGACCUACUAGAAGCCACGGGCCCUACUCUCCCCGUCUCUCGACAUCUUCAAACAAUGCACCAGUGUUGUCGCCUGACUCAGCUAGUGGCGUGUUCACCGGCAGAAAAUUGACGGAAGAGCCGCCGAGUAUGGACGAUGGUGAGAGUGUACUGAGCAAUGCGAAGCAAAACAGUACUGCUGGAUUGGGCUUGCAGAAGAACAUCAAUCAGGCUGUGUCUCGGCCUGAUUCGAGUGCAAGUGCUGCCAGUGAGGCAGGUGUGGGCGAGCAAGUUGCACGAAAAGCGAAUGCAGCAUCGUAG